AUGUUGUUAAAAAAGACAAUUCGACAUAUGGUGGAUGAUAAAUCAAUUCAAUUAUUUAAACAUCAAAUUCAACGUUUGAAAAAUAGUCGAUCAUUAUCUAUAUCAUCUAAUUGGGUAAAAAUUGUCGAGGUUGGACCGCGUGAUGGUUUACAAAAUGAGAAACAAAUCGUGCCAACAUCUGUCAAAGUUGAGUUUAUUAAUCGUUUAAGUCGAACAGGUUUAAAUUAUAUUGAAGCAACAAGUUUUGUAGCACCAAAAUGGGUACCACAAAUGGCUGAUCACACUGAAGUUUUGGCACAAAUUGAACGUCGAACAGGUGUUCGUUAUGCUGCAUUGACACCAAAUCUUCAAGGAAUAAAAAGUGCCAUUAAAUCAUCUGUGGAUGAAGUAGCCAUAUUUGGAGCGGCAUCCGAAACAUUCUCUAAAAAGAAUAUUAACUGUUCUAUUGAUGAGUCUCUAGCACGCUUUGUUGAUGUUGUAAAAUUAGCCAAAGAAAAUUCGAUUCCUGUCCGCGGAUAUGUCUCAUGUGUAGUCGGGUGUCCGUAUGAAGGAAAGAUUAGUCCUAGUCAAGUACUGCCUGUUGUUCAAAAACUAAUCGAUAUGGGCUGUGUGAGUUAUGAGGUGUCAUUAGGUGACACAACUGGCGUUGGUACACCAAAAUCUAUCAAAGAUCUGUUACUAAAUUUAACAGAAAAUGGAAUUUCGGUCGAAAAAUUAGGUAUUCACUGUCAUGAUACAUAUGGACUGGCAAUUAGUAAUAUUUUUCAAGCACUUGAAAUGGGUGUAAGAUCAGUUGAUUCAAGUGUGGGUGGCCUUGGUGGAUGUCCAUAUGCGAAAGGAGCAACAGGAAAUGUGGCUACAGAAGAUGUUGUCUAUUUGAUGAAUGGACUUGGAUAUGAGACAGGCGUUGACCUGGAAAAAUUAAUUGAAACAGGAUACUUCAUAACAAAUUAUUUAGGAAGACAAAAUAACUCCAAAGUAGCUCAUGCUAUGCCAUGUUGUCCAUCAGAAAAGGGGAUACGAUCCAAGACAUGGAAAAUUUUAUUGAAUUAUUUACUACUUGAUCGAACAAAAUGGCACGCACAUUUGUGUAAACAAAGAGAACUUUAUCGCGGAUAUAUUAGAGAGACAAUAAUAAAACCUGGUCUUCAAACUUCAUCAACGCCGUCAGAAGUUGUUGAUCAUCCACUCAAUUCUGAAUCAAAUAGUUCAUGGGCAGCUUACUUUAAGGAGAAUGAAGUACUAUUACAAAUUGACAGAGACGUUCGUCCUGAUUUAUGUUUUUUCCAACGUGAAACAGAAUAUCCCUGUAACGAAAUUUUAACCCAAGAGCCAGGAUUCGAAAGUUUACGAAAACGUAUUGUAUCGACAACAUUAAAAGUUGAAUCUCAACUACAAAAACGUCUUGGCACUGUUGAAUUACAAUCGAAUGAAUCAUUAUAUGGUAAUAAUAACAAUGAUGACUUUGGUGAAUAUCAGUUAUUACCAGAUGGACAUGAAUCACAUUGGGAGGUUGUUGAAAGAAUAUUGUUUGUCUAUUGUAAAUUAAAUGUUGGUCAAGGUUACGUACAAGGAAUGAACGAGAUUAUUGGUCCUCUUUAUUAUACAUUUGCUACAGAUCCGCAUGUAGAAUGGAGAGAACAUGCUGAGGCUGAUUGUUUUUACUGUUUCACAAAUUUAAUGGUUCAUAUACGCGAUAAUUUUAUUAAAGUUUUGGAUAAUACAGCAUAUGGUAUCGUUGUUCGAAUGCAACGAUUUUUACAAUUGUUAAAACUCACUGAUAGUGUAAUUCAUAAUUUAUUUGAACGAUUAAAAUUGAAACCAGAAUUUUAUGCAUUUCGAUGGCUUACGUUACUUUUAUCACAAGAGUUUCAUUUACCUGAUGUAAUGCGUCUAUGGGAUUCUUUAUUUGCCAAUAAUGACCGAAAUUUUGAAUUUUUAUUAUAUAUUUGUUGUGCAAUGAUCAUUUUACAAAGAAAUCGAUUACUCAACGGAAAUUUCUCGAUAAAUAUCAAACUGUUGCAGAUGGCUACGGCAACAACUAGCUCUGUUUUAAUGACGGAUUUGGAUAACAAAGAUGCCAGUUUUUUUGUCACGUAUGAUGAACAAAAAGGUAGACAAAUUAUUUCCAAACGAACAUAUCAGACCAGUGAAAUUAUAUUACAAGAAAAGCCCUUAGUAUGCUCACAAUUUGAAUGGAAUAAAUUAUACAAAUAUUCAGCGUGUGAAUAUUGUUUACAUUCACUUGAAUCAUGUGAAAAUAAUGUUCGACGUUUAUGUCAAGAUCAAACGAUAAAUAUUCCUUAUCCAGAAAAUGAUCCAAAUAGAAAUGUUGAACAAACCAUUGUCCGUUGUGGUAAAUGUAAUGAAUUGUAUUGUUCAUCCACUUGUUAUGAAUUAGCAUGCGAAAGUUAUCAUAAAAUAUUAUGUAAAAACACGUUAGAAACUAAUAAUGAACGAAUAAUUUUGAUUAGUAAAAUACAAGACUUGUGGAGAUCUGUACAUCCUCCACCAGAGACAAGUUCAAUUUCAUUGGUAUUAAAAAUGAUGGCUAUGCUCAGACAGACAACUGAUCGUCAAGAUUUAUUGCGACGUUUUCAACAAUUCUCUCAAGGAGUUCAAAGUACAAAUCAAAAAUUCUAUCAUAAAUUAUUGAGAAAAGAAUUUGAAGUACGAUUUGAACAGUUAAGAACUUGUUUGCAAAAAUUAAAUGAUGAUCAUUUAAAAAUUGAUGAAUUUAAAUGGUUUUUAACUGCAAAUGGUUUUCGACAACUGCUUGCGCUACUUGGACGAAAUCAACAAGGAAUUGGAACAAGUUCGCUUGCUGUAUGGGUCAAGAAUUGUGAGAAUAUCCAUGAACAUAAUUUGAAACAUGAUGAAAUUUCACAAAUGAUUGAUGCUAUUUACACCAAAAUUGAUGAAGGUUUUUAUUCUUAUAAAAUCAAUUAUGAAUUUAUCUUAUUUAUGUUUGUCUGUUUAGUAUCAGGUGAUUUUAUUGAUUGCGAAGGAAGUGGUUUAUUUCAAUUGCAAAUUAAUCACAGUUGCGAUGCAAACGCCGAAAUUCAAUAUUUACAUAAUAACUCACAAUUAUCAGUUGUUGCCACUAAAACUAUAUCGAUGGGAGAAGAAAUAACAAUCAAUUACCUAUCGGAAUGUGAUCGAAAUCGUUCAAAACAUUCACGACAAAAAAUUCUUUUAGAAAAUUAUUUGUUCAUUUGUCAGUGUAAUCGAUGUCUUGCCGAGUCAAAUCAAGCAGAUGAAACUAGUGAUGAAGAGGAAGAAGAAAAUGUUGAUGAUAAUAACAAUUCAGAGAGCAAUGUUGAAAUGGAAGAUUAA